AUGGCGGAUCCAGGACCAGGCGCGGCCGAAACGCCAAAGCCGCGGCUCAAAAUCAACGUCAGCCGCUCAGCAUCCUUCCUGGCCGACGCUACACCAGGAUACAAACCACAAACUCCCGCGACUCCAGCCGACGGCUCGCGAAAAGUCAAGCUCAAGAUUAGCGCGUCGCAACCCCCAACGCCGCUCGAUGCCAUUUCAGUUAAGACAAAGGCUGGUAGACAGUCAAGGCCGACGGCAAAACUCGUUGAAAGCAAGAAGCGAUCUCGCGAGGAUGACGACGACUUCUCCCUGUCCAACCCGGCGACCAAGAUCAAAUUCCGACCGACAAAGUCUUCGCAGAUGCAAGUUGUGCUCAAAGCGCGCGGCAGACCCCCCAUUCACCCCCCAGGCGAUGGCUACGACUCCGAAGCAAGCGACCGAGAGCUCGACCCGGCCAUCGAAGAGCAAAUCAUCUUGCGCGUGACGCCUGGCGAACACUGCGACUACGUGCGAACGUGCAUCGAAAAUGGCAAGAUCGGCGUGAGCAGAGGGGCUGGCGGUGCAGACAUUAAUCUCAAAUUCUUUGAUGAAGAGUCCCACCGUGCCAUUGUCACCAUCAAAGGCCAGCCCUUUGCCGCCGUGAUGCUCGACUUGCCCACCAUCACCGAAGCCAUGAAGACAUGGGACCGCAAGGCGUUUAUGAAGUCAGCUGACAUCUGUCAGAUGCUGUACGCCUUCCAGGCCGUUAGAAACGAAGAAGAGGCUAAGCGAGUGCCGUUGCCAUCCAUGAUUGAUAACUUCAAGUGGCCGCACGGCCUGACGCCUCCGAUGCACGACUGCGUGAACCGCCGAUUUGCGAAAACCAUUAGCAGAAAGGAAAUCGAAAACAAGGAAGCCGAGGUUGAACGUCUCCUUGCGGAAGACUCGAGAGCGGUUUCGUCGUCGUUUGAAUGGGUCGACGAUCGAUUCCAAGACCAGCAGAUGGAUGAGGAAGAGGACGAAGACGCCGAGGGCGAAUACGAGGAUACUCAGAUGGACUACUUUGGCGAAACGCAACCUGAUGAGGAAGGCAUGGAUGAGGGUGAUCUUAUGGCCGAUCUCGAAGCCGCCUUUGCAGACGACACGAUUGUCGAAUCGGCAGAGAUUGGUGCGACGCCUCUUACCACACAAGCCAACACGCCGGCCGUUCACGAAAGUGUCGAAAUGCAGGAAGAAGACGACGAUGACGAUGAUGAUGACGACGAUGAUGAUGAUGACGAUGACGACGAUCUCGACGAUGACGAGCGUGAGCAGCGAAACGAAGAACAGGGUGUCAAGGCUAUCCUUAACGAUCUUGAACGCCGUCUCACUGCGCGCAGAGCAGAGCUUGAAAAGACAACCAACAAGAUUCUACGCAAGAGAAUCGAGGAUGGUAUCAAGCAGCUCAAAUCCGAAAUCGAGCUCAAGAAGUCGUCUCUGGGCAUGGACGACGACUAA